UUCCCUGUGAGUUCAGCUAGCCCCAAAUGCAGUUAAGUCUUUGCUUAUGAAUCCCUUCGAAAGAAGAACAAUUGCAGAAAAAUUAAGUAAAAGAAAUCGGAGCAGAAAAGCCAGAAGUGACCAUGACCCAACAAGCAAGAGAAAAGGAUAGAGCCUACAAGAGAAGUUUUUCCAGAGUUUGGUUCAGGCUUGGCUAACUAGCUGUGGGUAUGCCAAUGCAAUUUUUUUGCUUUCCUUGUAUACUUUUUAAAACAAGUGCGAGUGAUAGUUCGUGGACACAGACAGGGUUGACAGACCUGAAACAUCUGUCAGAACGGAUUAAAAAAACACAAGCGAGCAAUAGUGCAUAUGAACAACCGUGAAGCUAGCCAUGCUAGAGAUGGCCAACGGUUGGGUCAGUGUGUUCCACGCUUAAGGGGUCGUCCCCGAGAACCCCAACACCCAGCCCCACGUGUCCAGGGGGCUGGCGCAAACAAUCAGGCGGCCAGCGCCUUGGUAGCGCAGACUCUUUCCUUCCGGUGCUGCAGUCCUGACGAAUAUCGUUGGGCCCAUCUUCAGAUGGGACUUGUAAUGGUACUAGCCGCUGGUACACUUGGUGCCGGUGGUGCCGUGGUCGCUGCCCCUUUUGUUCUGGGGGCCGCAGGUUUUGCCGCAGCAGGAAUCACCGCUGGGUCAUGGGCUGCAGGCAUGAUGUCAGCAGCUGCCAUAGCGAACGGAGGGGCGGUGGCAGCGGGCACUACAGUGGCCGUGUUGCAGUCACUAGGUGCGGCUGGACUGGGGGCCGCAGCUACUGCUGCAACUGCUACUGGAGGAGGAGCAGCGGCCGCUCUCCUGGCUCUUCUCUUCUAAAAUCAGCCGGAACUUAAUAAAUAUGCUCUCCUCUUAUCCAACCCAUUUGUUGAUUCGCUUUUUGCAUUAGGCUACAAAAUGGCAUUUAAAAAUAUAUAUAUCCCCAUUUCCCUUAGCAAUCCUUGCUUACAGUGGAAUGGGGAUAGUGUAUCAUUUUAAGCAUGUCAGUUGACUUUGUUAAACUAAAUUCUGAAGCCAAAUUUGUUUCUCGUUCAUUAUGCUUAUGCAAUGUAGCCAUCUAAAAAAUGUAAUAAAAACAU